AUGAGUGCAGAAGAAAGAGAGAGGAUCGGUCCUGUAGUAUCAGUCAGAUAUCAAUGUAUCCGAAUACUGAUCUUUUUAUAUGUAUUUAUAAUCGUCUGGUUGUGUGAUCCAUAUGAACCUGUCAGUGAUUGGUUGCUCGGUUUGUUUAUAGUUUUUAAGCCGAUCUUUGCUUCGGCUAAAAUGUGCAUCAACCCGACCGCUGAGCUGGAACUGAAAACCCCAAAAGCUAAUCUGCACCUGGAGGUCCAGAACAUCGCUAUCGAGAUGACCAAACCACAGUAUCUAACCAUGGUGGAGCUGCUGGAGUCCAUUGACUGCAUGGUGAAGAACGCCCCCUACAGGAAAUUCAGACCUGACGUCUCAGUUCAGAGCAGCCCCAAACUCUGGUGGAGGUACGCCUUCAACGGCAUUAUGGAGGUCCACAUCAGACGCUGCAGUCACAUGUGGUCCUGGUCCAACAUCAAACAGCACAGAGAGAACCUGAAGGCCUACAAGACCGCCUACAAGACCAAACUGCUGAGCCAGAACAAGCCGAACCAGGACACGGAGCACAACAUCCAGGAUCUGGAGAAAGUUCUGGACGUAUUCAACAUCAUGUUGGGCCGGCAGCAGGCCCAGAUGGAGGUCAUCAGGUCAGGACAGAAGGUGGUGGGGAAGAAGGCGCCAGGGCAGAAGCAAGGAGGAGGUGGAGGUUUCUUCAGCAGCUUCUUUGGUAGAAAGGCCAAGAAGGAGGAGCAGGAGCCAGAGGAGAGCAAGGAGACAGAGA